UGGAUUUUCAUGAGGGUUUGGGGCCAAACUAUCCAAACUUUGGUGUCCCAUUUCAAUCCACCCAAACUUUCAUGGGCCAAAAUCAGAGGAUUUAAAAUACCUAAUCAAACUAGGUGUUUGGUCGGAUUCUUCACAUCAGCCAGGUAACCUGCUCUCUCUCUCUCUCUCUCUCUCUCUCUCUCUCUCUCUCUCUCUCGUUUUGAUGGAUUCUGAGUGUUCGGUUGGUGAGAAACUGUGGGAAAGUGUAGGAAAAUUAGUAUUCGAAAUUUAUUAAGUUUCUUUCACCAAAAAAAGAAAGAAAUUUAUUAAGUUUCUGUAAUAAAAAAUACUAAUCUUGUAAUUUUCAAAUUGUUGGCUGUUUUAAGGGUUUGUUUUGGGACUAUAAUCACUUACGAGGAGAAGCGAGUGAUUAUAUGGAGGAAUGAUUAUUGAUUUAUUCAGAAUCACUCCCAAACGAGUCAUAAGCCUCAUCCACAAGACAAACCUUUAUACAUCUUUACAUUUUCUUUUAUAUCCUGGACUGCAAGCAAUCCUCUCUGCCAUUCCCACUUUCCAUUAUCAAAUUUCUAUCAAUCUACAAUGGAAAAUAUAAAUAAAUAAAAAUCAAUAUUUUUUUAUUUAUCACCAAGGCUGCUCCUGCUAAACCAAAGCUCCAUUGGCAUUACAUGACACAGCCAUCGAUAUUCCAUAUGCACAAGCAAGAGCAAGCAACUAUGCUAUCAAUCUCUUAGUUAUCUCUUUUCUUUCUCUCUGCUGCAAAAUCUUGCAUUUCACCAAGCAACAUACCAUUCAACAGCUGCCUUAUUUCUUUGUAUCUGAUUGUCUUUGGGAUUUCAUCUGUAUUCUUGAGUAGUCACCAAAGGAAAAAAGAAAAAAACUUACAAGGCCUUUGGUGUUGUUGUUUGAGUAAUUGCUUUCAUUUUUCGUCUUUGACAUUGCUUCAUCUAUUACAUCCCUGAAUCUUUAUACCCAGAAAAAGAAAAAAGAACUCGAAAGUGAUUGCUUUCCUUGGUUUUGCCUUUCUUCCUUUGAAUCUGAAUUCACUCAGAGUAACAGGAAAAAAAAAAAAUCAAUAUUACUUACAUCGGUUUUCUUUCUUUGUUUGUCUUUGGUAUCCCUUAGUUAAUUCGAUUUGUGAUCAAUAGUCACCACAGGAAAAAGAAAAGUGCCAAAAAAAAAGAAAGUUUGUAUUUCAGUUCUUGGAAAAGUGGCGGAGUACAGUGGCACCAGUUUGGCGCCAAUUUAGUUAUGUAAUUCACUACAAGAGCAAUAUUGAGCAUCUUGCCAGCCAAGUUGAGAGGCAGGGAGACAAAACAAAUGGGGUGAGGCUGCGGAUCGAUGCAGCAACCAGGAAUUUGGAGAUAAUAGCUCCGGAAGUGGAGACUUGGUUGCGUGAUGUGAUCAUGACCAUAUUGGAAAAGGAGGCAUGUUUUGAAAAAGAAAGAGUUGUAAAGGCAGGCUGCUUCAAUGGUUGGUGUCUAAAUCUGAAGGCUCGUCAUUCCUUGGGUAGGAAAGCUAAGAAGAUGACUUUGGUGGUGAAUGAGCUCCUUGGAGAUGGCAGUUUCAGGAUGGUAGCCUAUCCUGCUCCUCCCCAGGAGAUUGGGUUUGCAUCAAUGCAACAUUCUGAGGAUUUCACUCUGGCUGUAACAAAUACUGCUCCCCAUGAAGGUGCUGGAUCUUCAAGAAGAUCCAACCUUGAUCUUUCACCGGCACCUAUGGAACUUUAUGAGGGUGUCCAAUCUAGAUUCCUACCUUAUACAAAGGCGGUCUUGGAGGCUCUGCAUGAUGACAACAUCAACAUGAUUGGAAAUAGUGGGAUAAACAUGGAAGGAGAAGAAAUAGUUACAACAGAAAAGUUCAUAUAGAGAGUCAAAGAACAGGAUAUAUUUGAAGGUGUUAUGAUGACCGUUGUGUCCCCAAAUCCAGACUUCAAAAGGAUGCAAAGUGAAAUAGCAGAAAUGUUAGGACUGAAUUUGGAAAGCGAGAGUUUGGUUGAACGAGCAGAGAUGCUGCGUGCUAGAAUGUCAGCUGAUUCUAAGAGGUACCUCAUAAUAUUGGCUGAUGUUAGCAAAAUACUUAAUUUGGAGGAAGUUGGAAUACCUUGUGUUGAUGUUGAUAGCAAAAGGAGAUGCAAGAUCAUAUGGAUGUCACAACUCCCAAAUGUUUUCAGUGACAUGAGAACUCAAAGCAAUUUCAAAUGGUCAUGGGUGUAUCCAUCUGUGGGAGGAUCUAAUGACUUUGAAUCAAGAAACAAUUCAAUCAUCAUAGAUGUAAUGCAUGCUCUAACAGAUGAUCAAAUCAAUCCGGUUGUAAUAUGUGGAAUGGGCGGUAUAGGCAAUACAACCUUGGUGGAAGAAGUUGGUAAGAGAGCAAAUGCAGACGGUCUAUUCGACAACAAUGGCAGUUUUCACCCAAACCGCUGACUUGAGUCGUAUUCAAGAUGAAAUUGCAGAGUUUCUUGGUCUAGAACUUACAGAAAAGGGUUUAUGUGGAAGAGCAGAUAAGUUACACAAAAGAUUAUCAGGUACUAAGAGGGUCCUUGUAAUAUUGGACAAUGUUUCUACACAAGUAAAUUUGAAGACAGUUGGAAUUCCAUUUCACUGUGAUAAAAUGAGUUGCAAAGUCUUGGUAACAUCACGAAACCAGGAUAUAUUCAACGAUAUGGAAACCAAAAAAAAAUUUCCUAUCGAUGUUUUGACCGAACAAGAAGCACGGGAUCUAUUUAAGGAGAUGGCAGGCAGUUCCAUUGAAUCUCCUGAGCUAUAUUUCGUAGCACAUUAAGUUAUGAGUAAAUGUGCUGGUCUGCCAAUUGCAAUUACGACUGUUGGAAGGGCACUAAAACAUAAAAGCAAGAAUGUGUGGAACGAUGCACUUAGACAACUAACAAGGGCUUGCCCAGAAAACAUUCCAGGAAUGAUACAAGAAGUGUAUCCCAAAAUAGAGUUGAGUUACGAAUGUUUAGAAAGCCAUGAGGCCAAAGCAUGUUUCUUGCUCUGUUGUUUAUAUCCCGAAGGUUGUAAUAUACCAAUUGAAGAUUUGGUUAGAUAUGGGUGCGGGCUUAAGUUGUUCAAAAGCAUCCACUCAAUGGUAGAAGGAAGAAACAGUGUAGAAACAUUGGUUGGCAUACUCAAAACUUCUUCUUUGUUGGUAGACAGCAACAAUGAAGGGUGUGUCAGGAUGCAUGAUGAGGUGCGGGAUGCAGCCUUAUCAAUAGCUUCUAAGAGUAGAGAUGUACUUGUGGUAAGAUACGGGACGGAACUGACUGGUUGGCCUAACAAUUACGUUUCUGGGCAAUACAUCUCCAGUACACUGAUAACAAAUGAAACUCCUGAGCUUUUAUUGUUGUCAUGUCCAGAUGAAUGUUUAUUGAAACCACUGGCCACUAUUUUAGAAGGAAUGGAAAAUCUCAAGGUUUUAGUUAUGAAGAACACAUUUGUACUGCCAAUACUGCCAUCACUUCCACUUUUGAAAAACCUUCAGACGCUGUGUCUAGAGCAUUGUAAUCUGAAUUUGGACAUUGGACCUGUCAUUGGAGAGCUACGAACACUCAUGACACUCAGCCUGCGUGGAUCUUACAUGGAACAAUUACCUGACGAAUGCAAAAAUUUGAUUGAUCUAAGGGUGCUGGAUUUGACAGGAUGCAAUAGUCUUAAAGUAAUUUCACCGGGUGUCAUAUCAAAGUUUUUUCUACUAGAAGAACUGUACAUGUGGAAUAACUUUGGGCAAUGGGUGGUAGGGGAUCAAACCCCUAUUGUACUAGACCAACCAUGCAUGGAUCGGGUGGAAGCCCAGUUAGAACAAGAACAAAUAGACACAUUGGAGGAAGAAUUUCUGGGGUCACGACUCACGAGAAGAGCACACGAUGUUUGUUGACUGGAUCAUUGAGGAAUAUCAUGAUGAGGAAGCAGAAACUUAUGCAGCAAUUACAAAUUUACUUUUCUUGCUUCACUUGACUACUUUGGAGAUAGUCCUGCCACCAAUUAAAAAUCUGCUGCAUACAUGCAGCUUGUUGUUUAGGGGUCUUGUAAGAUUUCAGAUCUCUAUAGGGAUGAUGGAUAAAAAAUGGGAUGUAAAUGCAUGUGAGAACUACUUGAGACUUCAUAAUCUUGAUGCAGAGUUCUCUCUUGUGGGUAGUGAAAUCACCGGGUUGCUAAAGGAUACUUUCACUCUCGAGGUGAAAAUGAAGAAUUUGAAGGACCCUCUGAAUAUCUUAGAUGUAGAGGGUUAUGUAAACUUGGAAGUCUCUAACACUCAAUGACUGCAAUGCACUGGAGUAUCUUAUUGAUAUGACACGUUCUCCAGAGAAUGAGGGUCUGGAAUCUCACACACUGGAGUAUCUUGAAGACAAGUAUGGUUCCAUAAGCAGGGUUCCACGCCGGGUCUUUCCUGUCUUGAAUUCACUGAAGAUCAAUGUUGCACGUAGUCUAAAUGAGAUUUGUUAUGGUCAACUUAGAAUGGGGCCAUUUGAAGAACUAAGACAGUUAGUCUUAUUGAAUCUACCUGUGUUGACGCAUUUGUGGAUCGUACCAACUGAAUUUGAAUGCUUGCCAAAUCUAGAAUCAAUGUACAUAAGUGAUUGCGACAUGAUGAGAGACAUUGUAAUGCAAAAUGAAGAAAGUGGAGAUGGAGAGGCAACAAACAAAAUUGUUCUUCCUCAAGUAAAAACAAUUCAUCCUGAUAACUUACCUAGCCUCAUAACGUUUUUUCCCGCUCCCUGCACUGUUGGCUGUCCAUCAUUGAGAACGUUGGUGCUUUGCCGCCCUAAAAUGAGGACAUUUAUUCCAUUAUUUGCAGCCGCAGGAAGUGGAACGGCAAUUAAUCAUGAAAAUUUGCAAUUUCCAACCCACAUUUUCAAUGAAAAGGUUGACUUACCAGUCUUGGAGACACUUGAAAUCCGUCAAAUGUACAACUUCAAAGGGAUAUGGAACAGCCAACUUCCACCACACUCCUUCUGUGAACUAAAGAGAUCUAAACGUGUCCAAUUGUAGCAGAUUAUUGUGCUUGGUACCAAUGUACAUGCAAACCAGAUUGCAGAAACUAGAGAAGUUAAAUGUGAGAAAUUGCAAUUUACUGGAAGAGAUUUUUGAAUUCAGAGAGUUGCCUGCCAAUGAAGGGCAUGCUGUAACAACUUCAGAGUCAAGGGAAGCACCUUCAACUUCCCAGCCUGAAGGAAUGCAAAUAAAAAAGAUGGAUUCACCGCAAACUCAAGGAUUUCAGAAUCUAACAUCAUUAUAUGUUUCUGACUGUAACAAUUUGAGAAAUCUGCUCUCCUUCCAUUACCAGAGGUCUUGAGAACCCAAAAAAUCUAUCUAUAAGCAAGUGCCUGAAGAUAGAAGAAAUAGUCACUACAGAGGUGGUAGAAACAGAGGAUAACGGCAUGCUCCCUCAGCUAAGUUGCUUGGAACUUAGUGAGCUACCGUAUCUCAUAAGUUUUUCUCAUGGAAAAUAUGCUUUCAAAUGGCCAUUAGUGGAAAUGAUCAUUGUCGACGAAUGUCCUGAAAUGAAGAAUUUCUGUUUAGGAUCUCUUAGGACAGCAAAGGAAGUCAAAAUAAGUAUCAGUGGCGCUGGGGAGAAUCUUUGGCAGGAGCUCAAUGACAGUAGGGAAGAAAGCUGGUCUGCAUUUUUAGAUCCAUAAAAGGUUUGCAAUUGCAUUUCUGUUGUGUUAUAAUUUGUAUUUCGUGACAUGAGCUGCGGGAUCAAUAUGUAACAUGUAGAAUGUUGUGUGUACCUCAAUUAUUUCAUUAUGCUGAUGUGCGCCUUCUAAGGAGGAUUAGUAGCACAUAUGAAUGUCUAAAGUAUA